AUGGAGCAAACAACUGAACCUCAAUCCGGAGCAUCUCAGGCAAGCUUAUUCGAGAGAUUGAAAUCAUAUCCAUUUAAUACCGACUCAGAGUUUGCCAAUGGUCUCUCUAUUAUACUUGGUCACCCAGACGUCCCCGCCAGUGAGACUGAGAUCAAUCGCAACGAUGAUCUAGUAUUACAGGCAAAAUGCUUUUAUUUCUCGCGGAAAGAAGAUCUGUCACCACCACUUGACUUUGCGGCAUUCAAAGUGUGGUUGGCACAAGGCGCAGGAGCAGUACAGUCAUCCCACCCAUCCGUCCAACCUGGGGAACCUUCCAUGCUCUCAAAUCCGACCCGAACUUCUGCACAAGAGCCAACCUAUCCGUCAUCUUUCGCACACAUAGUUGAACUCAUCACCACCGGUCAACCGAUCCCAGGGAUUCAGCAAAUACCAGACACGGUAUUAACGGGUCAUGAUACCUCGAGCGAACAGCCGAAGAGAUUAAAGCCGUGGGAAAAGGAACGAGACAAGUCCAGUGAAACGGUAUGA